CAACAAUUGUGGACUACUGUAGAUUGCGAAAAACUCACGGCAAUCGCGAUUGAUGCCUUUGUAGUGAAGGUUAGCUGGGCUAAGCUGUCUAUACGGGCCUGAUGGAGCGACGCUGGUGACCCAUUGUUGAAGGCACGUGAUGAACACUUUUGUGAACCCCUUACCAAACGUAACUAUUUGAGCGGAAAACUUCCAAACAGACAGCCAGGCAAAUACGAAGCUACCCAGACAGCAAGACUGAGAUAGCUGUGAUUUACUUCAGCUGCAAGUAAGCUGGUCUGGAUCGGCUAGAUUGAUAGAUAGGUCGGCGAAUUAAGUACCUCUACAUAGCGUGGUGUAAACCCUAUCUAAGUUGAAUUGAGGUGAUAACCGCAAUAGCCAGUGAUCAGGUAGCUGAUGCGCGAAGAUUCAUUCACCGGUGUCUAUAUUUUGAUAGCGGAUCAUUAGAUUAACUCCAUCUUAUUGAGAGCACUAGUGUCAACUGCGACUCCAAGCCGUUUCAACUAUGUGACUUCCUCCAUUCGGACAUCAAAGAAGCGCUUAUGAGAGAGGCAGCUGUGAGAGGUCUAGGGCGAAUCCAAUCCAAUAAUACAAGCAGCUCUCGCAAAGGCGGGUCGGCAGUGAUCAGAACUAAGGUGAUGAUCUAGAGUGGAGAAAACGGAAGCCAGUAAGUUUAAUGUAGAGCUAUUACCGUGUAGUGCUGCCUUAAAGAUCCCCUGCCAUUGUCGAAGUCGCCAUUAGUCUUGGGGAGCAAAAUAUGGCUAAAGAAUUAACUAGACCAUCGUAGUGGAAACUGCAUUGCAUUAUUGAAACAGGAUUAAUAUGACUAGCAGUCAUCGGUGAAGUAGAACACGUCAACAAAUAUAGGAUAGUUAAUGAGGACAUCUGCCGAAAUACAGUUGGAGGACCAUUUUAAAUGGUGCGCGCAUAUCUCUCAAGCUAAUCUAAACGUGAGAACGUGUGCGCCUCUACGCGCAGUAUUUUCGUUUAGUGGUUACACGCUAUAUGUAGGACCGUUGCCGAUUGAAUCAUCGUUCAUCGAAUUGAGCAUUAUGUUCAAGUGGACCCUUCGUGACGGAUUCAUUGAGUUAGUAGAGAUCAAAGACAGUGACCUCAAUAUGAACGACGACAACAACAAAAACAACAACAAUGAUAGCAAUAAUAACAACCUCAGCAACGAACAGCAGCAGCAAUCACCCGUAUUACCGAGGAAAUUGGAGCAUAACAGUUGCACCGAACGCGGUGCACAGAUUAUUGUUCAUUCGUCUCCCGUUCACUACGAACCGAAGGAUGUGAGAAAAUUCAGCCUGACCAGUAGGUUUUUACCACCGAUGCCUCCGCCAGGCGCCGAUGGUGAAAAUGCCAAGCCCCCGAUGCCGUGGUUCGGCAUGGACAUUGGGGGCACAUUGGCUAAACUCGUCUAUUUCGAGCCAACUGAUCUCGGUCCUGAUGAAACCAAUAGUGAGCAUGAAAACCUGCGGACUAUUAAACACUACCUCAAGAGCAACAAAGCCUAUGGCAAGACUGGCAAGCGGGAUACGCAUCUCGAGAUGGAGCGUUGUCGAAUGGGCGGCCGAGUGGGAACACUGCACUUCAUUCGCUUCCCAACGUCUGAAAUGCAGGCGUUUAUGGCGCUUGCCAAAAGCAAAGGGAUAGCGUCAAUGGCGACGACCAUAUGCGCAACGGGUGGUGGGGCGCACUUUUUCGAAGAGCAGUUCCGGGAGGUAGGCAAGGAGCUGAACUUAACGUUACAUAAAUUUGACGAAUUAGAUUCACUGAUCCGGGGAAUUCACUAUAUAGAGGCGUGCAAUCCUCUCAAUGAGUGCUACUACUUCCGCUGUCCGAUGGACUCACGUCAAUGCGAGAAAGUUCCGUACGAUUUCUCGAAUCCAUAUCCGUACCUCGUUGUAAAUAUCGGUUCUGGCGUUAGCAUACUGGCCGUUUACUCGCCAACCGAGUACAAACGUGUGACGGGUACCAGUUUGGGCGGAGGAACGUUUCUUGGUCUGUGCUGUUUACUGACAGGCUGUGAGACUUUUGAAGAGGCGAUUGAACUCGCCGAAAAAGGUGACUCUCAAAAGGUCGACAAGCUUGUCAAGGACAUCUAUGGAGGUGACUAUCCAAAAUUUGAUCUCCGAGCUGAUACUGUGGCGUCGUCAUUUGGUAAUAUGAACUGUGCUUGGCGGAGAAAAUUGGCAACUAAGGAAGAUCUAGCCCGAGCAACACUUGCCACAAUCACGAACAAUAUCGGUUCCAUCGCCAGAAUGUGCGCCAUUAAUGAGGGUAUAACCCGUGUGGUGUUUGUGGGAAACUUCUUACGGGUGAACGCACUCUCCAUGCGGAUGCUUGCCUAUGCAAUGCAUUUCUGGUCCAAGGGCACGCUAAAAGCGCUUUUCCUUGAGCAUGAAGGCUACUUUGGCGCCGUUGGCUGUCUCAUGGAACUGCUCAAAUCAGGCAAUUAAGGCGUUACAUUCAUCAUCGCAGUCAUUUUUUUGCCGCCAAAACGCUGGACGAACGAAGAUACCGAUAACUAAUGUAUAUAUAUAUAUAUAUAUGAUGGUUACACGUUUUGGCUAUCGUGAUCAGGACAUAUGUAACACUACAAUUCUAUACAACAAGAAGUAAAGCACAACGGAGACAAACCGAGCAAACACACUGCUGCUAGUAUAUUCCUGGUUGGUUCCAUGUUAGGUAUGAUAACAUAGGCCACAAAUAGCAAGAAAGAAAGGCUAAAGCUCCGUAAAAAAAAUUCACCCGCACGACAGGGGAAGGAACUGAGAGCUCACUGAUGUGUCAUCAUUCUCAUCACUUCGAGUAUCAUUCGCCAUGCUACUAGCAACAAAAAACAAAUAUCUAUAUGUAAAACAAGCAUACAUAUAUGUGAACGAACCUAGACGAAGAAAGAGAUUUGACAAUGAACAUAUUGUUUCAGCUAUUUAUUUUUCUCAUCUAGAAUGACAAGAUAAAAUGUAAUGAAAACGAGCGAGAAAAAGAGGAACCGAACGCAAGCGAAAAAGGGAGAGAGAGGGGGUUAGAGAGAAAUAAAGAGGGAGAGAGGCGUGCAAAAUACAAGAGUACACAGAUACCACUAUAAUGAGUAAUAAUAACAGAAAUAUUAUUAUUGCUUUUAUUUUAACAACACAAUCACACACGAUAUUAACAUAAUUUCUAUACUUAUAUCACACUAUCAUAUUUAUAAUAAUAAUAAUUAUAGGUAGAGGAUUAUUUUUUGCAUAAAAUCAUGACAACGUAGUAAGUAGGAGAGAGAAAAAACCACACAGGCAACAGAGUGUAUGUGUAUAUUUGCAACUGUUGUAAAACGCAAUCGUAAAUGCGAAGAGAAAAACAAAAAUAAACUAAUCGAUAUUUUUUUAUAAU